AGCUUUUCCAAUAUUCUCAAUUGAUUUUGCACUAUCAAAAUGACGGAUGUUAUGAGUAUUAGGGAGCAGCAGCGCUGUACACUUCAGUACUUUGCUGUUGACCUCGCGGCUGCGGCUUUCGCUUCUGCUUUGGUCACUCCCUGGGUGACAGCCAUUGAUAAACUCGUCUUCAACAAGGCAACAAACAACACCUCCAUCAAGUCAUCCAUGCGAAAAUGGGCAUCCAAGCCCAAGGCGACAUUUGCUUCUCUCUUCAUACCAUUCCUUGUCUACUUCGGAACCUACGCAACCGCCAACAUGUUCGAUUCCUUCAACGCCAUCCAAUACGACUGUGAACCCUCCAUCGUCUGCUCGUCUCCCGCCAAGUUCGCCGCCACCACGACCGUCAGUUCAGGGCUGAGUAUAUUCAAAGACGCUUACUUUUCGAGAAUGUCCUGCGGCAUGUCGACUCCUCUGCUGAGUUAUGCACUGUUUACCCUGCGAGAUGCGGUGACUAUAUACGCUUCGUUCAACCUGCCUACCAUGAUUGCUCCCAAGCUUGCCGAGUUCCCCUUCGCGUCGAUUACCCCGUUUGCCAACAUCUUUCAGUCUGAUGAUGCAAGGCUCAAGAUGGCUCAACUGUUUAUGCCGGCUGCCUCGCAGGUAGUCAGUACUCCGAUUCAUCUGCUCGGUCUAGACGUCCAUGCUCGUCAAGUUCGCAUGACGAUCAAAGAUCGGAUCAGUGUCAUUCGGCGCUACACUGGCUUUGCUACACCCUUACGUAUGAUACGAGUCCUACCUUCGUUUGGUAUUGGUAGUGUUGCCAAUACUGGCUUUAGAAGGAGCAUGAUGACUCGAGUGGUUUGAUUUGACUUGCGGUAUGAGAUGCUAUAGUUUCAACACGGGAACUCCAGAAGCCUUAACGCGGAGAAGUCUUAUUAUUUUGCGCUCAUAAAAGGCUAUUAUCAAUUGAAAACAUCUUUUAUAGUUUGAAAUUUGCAGCACAGUGAAUCUCGUCCGGUGAAAUCAUCGGACUGUUUGAUGGUCAUGAAACAUGCGUGAUCUU